AGGAAGAAAAAGGCAGGUCAACAUGCUUCCUCCUGCACGAUUCCUCCGGGUAAUAAGAACAAUUAGAAUCAGAAUCAUAGUACUAAUCACAAGUCCAGUUCUAAUUUAAUUUUAUCACAGACACAGAUGGGCAGGUAGGGUGAGGUGAGGUGAGGAUGCCCGUUAUAAAUUCCCGGUCUCCCGUACGCAACCAUCACUUUCUUUCACAGCUAAAUAAAUAAAUAAAUAACCCAUUCAUUGUUGAGUACAAGAGUGCUAUCAUCUAUCUAUCUUCUCCGACCUCAACAAGAAAUCCAUCAUCCGAAUUCCCUGAUUGCAAUCAUGCCUGAGAAGAUAACAGCAGAAAGCCUUUUCAGCAAUCUAGUAGAAACUAUUGCUGAUAAUGUUCCGAAGCAGAAAUCCGUGUCGUUUUUUGAGGAAGGGGAAGAAUCUGUCACUUCUCGUAUCAACCGUCUGUUUGGGCGACAGAAGCCUGUCCACCAUAUUUUGGGAGGUGGAAAAUCUGCUGAUGUUCUCUUAUGGAGGAACAAGAAGAUCUCAGCUGGUGUCUUAACCGGGGCAACAGCCAUCUGGGUGCUCUUUGAAUGGCUUAACUACCAUCUCUUGUCUCUUGUAUGCUUUGCUCUGGCUCUUGGUAUGCUGGCCCAAUUUGUUUGGAUAAAUGCUUCGGGCCUAAUGAACAGGUCUCCAUCUCAGGUUCCUCGCCUUGUACUACCUGAUGAUAUAUUUGUCAGCAUUGGCAGAUCAAUUGGUGCUGAGGUUAACCGUGCUUUGCUGUUUCUUCAGGAUUUGUCAUGUGGAGGAAACUUGAAACAGUUUCUUGCGGCUAUAGUAAGCUUGUGGGUUGCUGCAAUUAUUGGGAGCUGGUGCAACUUUUUAACUGUUAUGUAUAUUGGUUUUGUUGCUGCCCACACAUUGCCAGUCCUGUAUGAGAGAUAUGAAGAUCAAGUAGAUGAUUUUGUGUUCAAGGCAUUUGAUCAGCUCCGAAAUAACUACCAAAAGCUUGAUGCCGGUGUCCUCGGUAAGAUCCCCAAAGGAAAGUUCAAUGGAAAGAAGCAUGAAUAGAUUCACCACUGAUGUACCUGUCUGUGAAUUUAGUGGUAGUAUCAAGCAAAUCAUUCUAGGGAGUAUGUUAUGUUAUGAUCAAUGUGUGAAUUCUGUCAGUUUUCAGGCAGUAAAAAUUGGCCGUGCUGAUACCAAAAGCACCGCACCCAAACUUGAAACUUAAUUUUCUGGGGGAAAUUAGUCAAAGGCACUGAAAAUAAAGGGAACUUGAAAUGGGAGCUCUGUUAUGACAGUACUA